UCACUUUAUGGUACUAGUACUACUACCGCACUAACAUUAGAAGUACUGGUAACUUUUAUUAGUUCUAAUAAAAUUUUCAUUGUAAAAAUUGCGUCUUCAAUAACGAUGAUUAGUCAAAUCUAUUAUUUACAGGCAGACUCGACACAGGAAAUUAACUUAUGUCUAAUUUCCUAAACGAAAGAAUAUCCUGGGCCGUUGCUAGUAACAUGUACUGAUUAAGAAAAAUGUUUAAGACGAAGUCUGAUAGUGACAACACAGUAUCCGAAGAUUGUGAUGUCUGUGGAAGACAUCACUAUACAUCAGAAUGUCCUCUUUUGGAUGCUUGUGCCAAAGUAAAGGACAAAUGUGUUCCAUCACGAGCAAGACUUACAAUUCCUUACAACCUAGAGGUGAUUGACUUGGAUGAUGGUAUUCCAAGAAUAUUUGCAAAAACACUCAUUUCAUUUAAAUCUCAGUUUGGACCAAUGGAAGCUCCAAGAACUCCACUUCUAGAGAAAAUACCAAACUUUUUUUUUAAAGUUUUUUACAAAGACGGAACAUCGGAUUUUUUGGACAACUCAGAUGAGAACUGUUGCAACUGGAUGUGUUUAGUUGCUCCAGCAAAGGAUGCUGCUCAUCAGAAUCUGAUUGCUUACCAGUUUGAGGAGAGUAUUUAUUUCAGUGCUCAAAGAGACAUUAAAGCACAGGAAGAGUUGCAAGUUAGUUAUGCUCCUGCCUAUAGUAAAAAGAUAGCUUCCUCUACAGAAAGUCGGGAACAGGUUCAAUACCCAACAGAUAUAUCAAACCAUGGUAAUAAACAUGUUAACUCGGUAGGUCAUCACUUAUCUCUACGAGUUACAAAACAAAAAAGAAAAUGUUCCUCCAAAAUCGUUUCACCCGAAGAAGAAAAAGUAGAAGAGAGGGCUGAAGUUCAGAUUGAUCAAAACAGAGAAUCAGUCUCAUUAAAUGUGGUAAGUAAACUUGAUGCUGAGGACUUGGGAGUUAAGUUUCAUCCAAAACAGUGGAUCUGCUCACAGUGCAGCAAGAAGUUUACAGACUGUCUUGCUUUUGCUCAUCAUUUGCAAGAUCAUUACAAGCCCACAAAUAGUAUAAACUCUGUGGAAAGACUAUCACGGCAAGAUACAAGUACACAGAUUCAACUGGAAGAUAAGAACAAGUAUAAUACUUGUGAAACACUAGAAUACAAAUCUCAGGAAACCACAACCAUAAGAAGAAGAAGUAAAAUAAAAUUUAAAGAGAUGCUUAGGGAAGAACCAGUUGGUGGUAAAAGAUUUACAUCAACCCUUAAGCAAUGUUCUUCUAUUGUAAAAAGAAGAUAUAACUUGAGAAUGAGACAAAAAGUUCCGGAUCAGAAUAAGGAUUUUGUGCUCACUAAACAAGAAAGUAAUCAGAAACAGCUAGGAAUGAAGAAUGGCCAUCAUGAAGAUAAGAAGCUAGGAAGAAAGUUUGAAGAAGUUGGUAACUCAGAGGAAAAUUCAAAGGAGAAUAAAGCACUCUUCAGUAUUGAAAGAUCUGUCAAGGAACAAAAUGAUACAGAUAAUGAUAGAACAGCAGAUAGUAGUGAUGAUGAUGAAGAUGAUCAGUUCAUAGAUUAUGAUAGUGUAAUGGAAGAUGAAGAAAGUCAACAUGAAACAAAUGCAGCUUCUGGAAAUUUUGCUGUGACUGAGAAGGAUUUCAAAGCAACACCUACAAGGGAAUUUCUGUUUGUUCUAGAGAAGAAACGUCCUGUAAUCCAUAUGCUGCAAAAUGAAAAGGUAAAUUCUCAUAGUUCCACUACCUUGCCUGAAGCUAAAGUUCCUGAUAAUGUAGCUGACAGUGGAAUCAAAGCCAAUGACAAAAUUGUGCAGAAUGAAAUCCACCGAACUUCAUUGCCCCUGUCUAGAGAAGCUGUCCAACAGGAACCUUCGAGAAAUGAUUCCAAGGAAAACAAAGAAAUAGUAAAAAGGGCACUUGUUCCUAGAGGAGAAGGUGAAUAUGAGUGUGACUUGUGUGGUGAUAGAUUUAACAAACCAUGUUACCUUUACCGACAUUUGAAAAAACAUACAGGAGAAUUUACUUGUAACCACUGUUACAAGGUGUUUGCAAGAAAGGAGAGUAUGAUGAAGCACAACUGCCCAGCUUUGGCUAAUACUAGUUCACCAGAAAACCACAAUUUUGGCUACAGGUGUGAAACCUGCAACAAAUCAUUUCACUCUAAGAAAUCUCUUGAUUGCCACAUAGCUAGACAUACGAGCAGAUACAGUUGUAAAGAUUGUGGGAGAAAUUAUUCCUCGGAGUAUAUCCUAAACCAUCAUGCUUGUCCAGUGCACCCGUCUGCAGAACAGUUCCAGUGUGAUAUUUGUUAUAAAUUAUUCAGUCAGAAAAAGUACCUUAAGAAACACUUACCAAUCCACACAGGAGAACAUACAUGUGACAUCUGUGGUAAGUGGCUAAGAUCCACCGAGUCUCUGAUGAGCCACGUGAAGUCAUGUAGUAAGGUCAGGAAAAUUGAGGUUAAUGGUAAAGUCAAGUGCCAAGAUUGUCACCAGGAAUUUUCAGAUGUGUUAGAAUUCAGGAAACAUCAGUAUGAACAUACCUAUAAGUUUAAAUGUGACCAGUGUGGGUCUAGAUUUCGUGAUGAAGACUCCGUUGAACUCCAUGUUUGUCAACCUCAAGAUGUGUGUUGUAAAAUCUGUGAUGAAGUCUUUCCUAGUUUUGUUAGUUUACAACAACAUCUGACCAUUCAUGGUGAUCUAAUUUUUAGGUGCACUGAAUGUGGGAAGUCAUUUUAUCAUCAAAAUUCAUUACUAAUGCACUGUUGUCCACAAAGAGGAAAAAAGAAAUUGAAGAUCACAAAGACCCAGAGCAAGGAGGAAAAAAUCAAUAGGAGUACAUUACUUAUGUGUGAAAUAUGUGGCUCACUAUUCUCCAACACUAGUAGUCUGAAUGUCCACAAAAAACUUCAUGGAGAAAAAAGCUUUUCUUGUGAAAUUUGUGGAAAACAAUUUUAUCGAAAAGAUCUACUUCUGGAACACACGUUUAUACAUCAAAAAGCAUCAAUACCAUGUCCUACCUGUGGAAAAUUAUUCAAGUCUAAGAAGUCUCUUCAUAUUCAUAUUCGUAUUCAUAAUGGUGUUAAAAUGCAUAAAUGUUCUCAGUGUUCCAGGGAAUUUCACCAGAAAGGAAACCUUCUGAAACACCAAGAGUCCCAUGAUAAAAACAUAAAGUACACAUGUGAUAUCUGCUUUAAAAGCUUCAAAAGAAAAGAAUAUCUUAGCACACAUACCCUGGAGCACACGAGAGGACGUAUAUAUUCCUGUGAAACUUGUGGGAAAAGUUUCAUCAAGAAAUACCAUGUGAGUGAACAUAUGAGAAUCUACCAUAGCAACAAGUCUUAUGUGUGCAAGUACUGUGGAAUACAUAUCAAAAUACGACAAUCUCUGAAGCGCCAUCUUAACAAAAAACAUUUGGAACAUUCCCAUGAGUUGGACGAUAAAAUGAUUGAAGCUAUGACAGUAUCAAAUGAAUUCCAGGGCACAUCGUCAUUGCAAAAAUCAAGAAGGAAAAAAAGCACCCAAGAUAAGAAAAUACUUAAUGAUAGCAAAAAAUGUCAUGGAAAUGAUGCUGAAGAAAAAGCUAAAACAUCAACUGACACAGGUUAUGAUGAUACCUCAGAUGAUGAUCAGAAACCUUCUGAAACUUUAACAACUGCAAGUGACAGAAAUCAUGUACAGUCUAAAGCAAAGCAAGAUAGACACAGCAGCAAACAAGAAAGAAAUGUAAAAAUCAAGGUAACUGAUAAUAAGAAUGUUGGAAUGAGCUCAGGAAAAUCAGUGCCCGAAGCUUCACAAGGAUUAGUUCUGUUUCCUGAAACUCGAGAGAAAAGUGCAAGUAUUGAAUGCAUAGAAAGAACACAAAAAGGUAGUUUUGUCGACAAUGCUCGUAUAAGCCAGAAUUUAAUUGAAGUUACUUCUAAUCACCUUGAAGUGGGUGCUUUUGUGGAACUUUUAGAUGAAGAAUGUGCAACUGUCGAGACAAAUGAAGUGUGCCAUCUCAAACAUAUUACAUUUGGGCAAGAUAAUAAGUCUUUACCCUUGGAAUCUGAAUUUGAAGCCAUGUCUGCAUGCCAACAAAUAGCCAAACAGCUGUCAAAUGACCAGCAAGAAAACAUGUUGGGAAAGUUUUCUGAAAAUGAAUGCACAAUCGUAUUAGAGGAGGGAACCGUUAUUGAGGAAGGUGAGACAGAUAAUGAUGGCAACCUUUUGUUUUAUGUGGUAAACAUGGACGAGAUACAUUGAAACCAUUGCAUGCCCAGGGUGAAAGGGAGAACAUUAUUUUGUUUUAGUUGAUACAUUUAUCGCAAAAAAAAAACGAUGCUGGUAAGGUAGUAUGUUUUGAUGUGUGGCUGUUAAUUGAUUUUGUGCCUGCUGAAGAACUGCUGUGCUUAUAAAUAAGCUGGGAAAGGAAACGUCCUUUUUAUUAUGCUUAGCAGUUAUAAAAAAAUACAGGAAAAGUAUUUGUGUGUAAAAAUUAAGAGCAACUUUCAGUAAUACAGAUUGGAAUAUUUAAAUAUUCCACCCAAAUUCAUAGAUGGCCUCAGACUCUAGGUUUGUAAUUUUUUUAUUUGUUUGUUGUAUCUCAGUGAAAAUGAAUCCUAGAGACAUUUCAGAUUCAUUUACUAGUUUAUAGUCUGAGCCCAGAUGUUAGGAUUGCCAGAGUUUUUCAUUGAUGGCAAAUCCAUUUUAAUCUAAUGUAGAAUGUUUCAAAACCGUUUGGUUAUUCAUUGUCAAAAAAAAACUUUGUACAAAUUUAGUUUUAUCAGAUUUCAGUAUGGUAAACUUGUUUUUAGUCCAUACACGAAAGGUACAUAUAUGUGUGUGAAUACAAUCGGCAUGAAACAUUAUUACAUUUCUGGACAUUUUAUGCUCUUAAUUUUAAUCAUAAAUGAAAGGUAAUUUUUGCGUAUUUGUUUAUAGUUUCCUGAUGAUUAUCCAAGAGAAAUUUCUCUGCACUUGUGUGGAAAAUUCUUGUGUUUGAGAAGAUCAGAUCUUAUAAACUUGAUUUUCAUAUGUUAAGAAAAUAAAAAAAUAACUACCUUGAAUAUCAUCUAGGAUGUGAAACAUUUUUUGAGUUGUUUAGAAAGUUGUAUAUAGAUUUUGGAGGUGGGAAGAAAAAAAACUUAAUGAGGUAUUUCACAAUUGUAAUUCUGUAGAGUACACAUAUAUAUGGUGAUAAAUACUUCAAAUUUUAAUUGUAUUUUGGUCAUUUUAUAAAAGUUUUUCUACUAUUCAGAAUAUUCAAGAAUAAAAGUAUUAGCCUACUUGAAAAAAUAUACAUCAAAUAUAUGAGUUACAAAGAACUUUUAAUCAUCCAUCUAUUCUUAACUCUCAGUCAGAAAAUGUGUUUAAAUGAUAAAUUAAGUAUACAUUUAUAAUAGUAUAUACUGAUAAAGAUUUAUUUUGAUAUAAUAUUAAUCUAUUAGACAACAUGAAAGUCAUUAUUUAUAUUAAUUGAUGUUUGUGUGUGUUUAUAUAUAUAUAUAUAUAUAUAUAUAUUGCCUAGACCACUACUAUGUCAGUCAUAUCUCAGUCAGACUCAUUAGCCCUGGUAUUGGGAAGAGGCCUCUUCAGCAAUGGAUAUGGUAGAUGUGGUUGACAUAUGAUAACAUAUUCUUCCUUAUUUUCACUCAUGGGUUCUUAGAAUUACUAUUGUUGACUUGUUACAGUGGUUGCUUGACCCAGUCCAUGAAUAGGAAGAGCAGCUUGUUGGCUCGUCAAUUUUUGGGAGUGAUAGUAAAAUCAAUUAAAAUAUACUAAAUAAUCGGUGUUAGAAUUAAAAAUAAAUAAACAAUGUUUUAUUUAUCCUUACCAUAAAAUCUGAUUUAUAGAUGACUUAAAUAAAAAUUGAUAAUAAUUGCAAUUCACUUGCUUAGUCUAGUUCGCAUUAUAAUGGUCGUUGUUCGUGAAAACUGAUGAUAUGUUUAGUGUGUAGAUAAGUGUCACAAGUCAUAAAAAUAAUCAAACAAUUAAAAUUAGUGUUUACAAUUAUUACUGUUUUUGAUUAUUUCAGCUUUCUAAGUCUCAUAUGAUGAUAAUUGAUUAGUUGAAUGGAAUUAAUUAGUGAACUGACAAUUAACUGUAAAGGUACACUAAUCGCCCAGUUCUACCUGGUAUUGGGUGGAAGGUCUCAUCUGCACUGGAUGUAGCAUAUGUAGUGUGUUUGACAUAUGAAAACAUAUUCUUAUGUAUCACUCAUGGGUUCUUAGAAUUUUUCAUUUUGGUAUCUGCUCCCACCACCCAGCUUCGUGCAUAACAAAUGGAAAAGAAAAAGUGUUUACUUAAAAAAGUGGUCCAAAGAAGGAUGCUAUGUAGAUGAUUGGAAUCUUCCACGUUAUAAAUGUUUUGAAGUUGGGAUAAAAUUAAGAAAAAAUUGUUGAUUAGUAAAAUGUGUAUAUAUAUAGUUAUUGUCAUCUGAACACUAAAAAUUGUUAUUUUCAUGUGUACUCAGAACUUUUUUUUCUUAACAGUGGGACUCAGACUGUAGUUUUCUGGCUUAACAGUGGGACUCAGAUUGUAGUUUUCUGGCUUAACAGUGGGACUCAGAUUGAAGUUUUCUGGCUUAACAUUGAGACUCAGGUUGUAGUUUUCUGGCUUAACAGUGGGAUUCAGAUUGUAGUUUUCUGGCUUAACAGUGGGACUCAGAUUGUAGUUUUCUGGCUUAACAUUGAGACUCAGGUUGUAGUUUUCUGGCUUAACAGUGAUGAGUAGAAGACAACUACUAAUAAAACAAAAAAAUCUCUAUACCCUGGAAAACCUUCCAAACAUUAUCAGCUAUUUUUGGCUUACCUAUCACAAACUAUAAGCAAACGUCUUUUGUCAUUGAUCUUCCUGUAGUUUUAUCUGAACACGUAAGCAGCUCAUGGCAAAAUGAUCAAAAAGGAGUAUACAUUGAAAUCUGUAUUCAUGUGAGUGGAUAUACACAUAUGUCAAUAAGUUGACAACCAGGUCUGAUAACAGUAUUGUAAUAUAUAUAUAUAUAUAUAUGUAAACACAUAAUUUUUGGAUAUAUUUUAUAUUAGUGUUGAAACCACUUAAGCACACUGUACAUAAUUUUUAUGUGUCUCAUAUUUCAUCAGGUCAUUAAAAGCUGUUAAUAUUU